AUGAAUUCAACUUCCUGUGAGCUCCUCGGGGAGGACUACAUUCUUCGACAAAGAAAGGAUACCAAGCUCCCUCCUAUCAGGAAGCGCAUCAUCAUCUGCUGCGAUGGUACAUGGCAAUCAGCGGUCUCUGGGAAGAAAAAUAUCCCUUCCAACGUCACCAGGCUUUGUCGCUCUCUGAAUAGCAUCGGCACCGACGAGAAUGGCGACAAAUGGCAACAGAUUGUGUGGUAUGACUCGGGGGUUGGCACUACUGCACUCCCCAUGGGAGACGCCAUCGAAGGUGCUAUUGGUAAAGGUCUAGAAGGAAAUGUCAUCGAGGCAUAUAACUUCUGUGUCCUGAACUAUAACCCCGGAGAUAAAAUCAUGUGCUUCGGUUUUUCCCGCGGUGCUUAUACCGCCCGGACAAUCGCUGGUUUGAUUUCAGAUAUCGGAAUUUGUCACAAGCGUGACUUGAAUAAAUUUCCGGAUCUUUGGGCUGUUUACAAAAAUAUCAAGCAUGGAAAGCACGAAAACCAAGGGGCGAAAGGAGACUUUGUUUACCAAAAGCCUCCACAAGGUGAUUGGGCCCAGGAGGGCUCCAGAGAAGUGGAGGUGGUCGGUGUUUACGACACUGUUGGGUCUUUAGGGAUGCCAGAGGUCCUGGGCAUCAAACUUCCCUCCAAUGAUGGCUGGCAUAACGUUGGACUUUCACCUAAUAUCAAGAAUGCUUUCCAGGCAUUAGCACUGGAUGAACAUCGCAAUGCCUUUUCCCCGGCAGUAUGGUAUUUGUCUAAUAAGACCGCAACACUGGAGGAAGUUGAGGCCAGAAAACAAGAGGAGACCCUAGCCGAAAAGAAAUACUGGAAGCUUUUGAAACAAGCUAAAGACCUCAAGGCUUGUGGAAAGGCCACCGAUAAGGAUGUGAACGACGCUGCGCACGAAGUUAAUCAAGCUGCCAGAGCCUGGAAUAAGGCCUCUCGCAGGCGAGUGAAAUUCCAAAACCGACUUGAGUUACACCCAACCCUUAAGCAGGUUUGGUUCCCUGGCUACCACAUCAAUGUUGGUGGAGGUUCCAGUGAAACUCUUGCCAACAAGGGUGAUAUGGAAGAAAUGUCCAAUAUUGUCUUCUCUUGGAUGUUGGACCAGGUUGACGAGUUUCUUUCUGUCGAUGAGGGCUUCAUCAUCGAUGAGCAAAACGAUCGAGAGCAGAAAUUUUUCCAAUUGAACCAAAUACUGGAAAACUAUGACGCCAGAAUCACCAUCCAAAAGACAGAGUCCUGGGGAUAUUGGGCAUGGCGCCAUGCCAAGUCAACCGUUUCUGCCAUCGCCCACCCUCUCACGCCCACCAACGAGCCUGCUUACAAGAAACGUCGUGUUUACGGCUGGGGAGUGGGAGAGAUGGAAGACAGCUUUACUCCCAUGUACUGGGCAAAUGGAAGCAAGAAGCGUACGCCGGGCGCAUAUGAUAUCGCAGAAAAUGGCAAGCCUCUAGGAGACACAUUCGAGUUCAUUCAUCCGGUUGUCAACUUCCGAGUCGAACAAUUCAAAAAGAUGAACCAGAAAGACAGCAAACACCCCAUCUACAAACCAAUCGACUCAAGUCCAAAUAUGACAUAUUCUCGUCGGGAAAUGGUCGACGCUCAAGGGAAUCCAUUCUUCGAAUAUGACAUCGGUUUCUCCAAGCGACCCCUUCCUGAGUGGAAACUGGGCGGCCUCGACUCCUAUGAGCGGCUUGCCAUAUCUGGGGAUGAAGCCUAUAAUUAUGUUGAUGACCUAGAUGAUCGGCUGAAAACAGGUGUGCGGACGGUUCGCCGGCCCCCUGGACCUCGUACGAAAAAAGUGCCAACUGAGCAGCCAUUAGGUGAGAGCUUCACCGACGGGGGGCUCCAGCCGAUGAUUGAGACUAAACCCUGGGGGGAAACUACGGUCACUCCAAUCAACAAUUCUGGAGCCAGCUAUAGCCAUACCACAACCUUUGAUUAUGAUCUUCAGCAGGGGUUUUCCCAGUCGCACACCAUCGAGUCCAAAACCUUUGUGACGAAGGUAUCCGAUGUGACGAUCUCCAGUCAAGAGGUUUUUUAG